AACCGAAAUCGAAAAUGUACCGAUCCCUGACGGCGCUGGCCGUGAUCUUGGUCUCCUGUCAUGCAUUCGUGCCUGGCGAACGCAGCCUGGAACAGCUGAUCGAGGCUGAGAAUUAUGCGUUCGGCGAAGGGGCCCUAGUCGGCUUCCUCGAGAAGAUGAAGGAAUCCCUGAAGAAAGGUGAUUCGAAAAUCGGCAUACCUAUCCUCGACCCCCUGAAAGUGGACCACGUGGACUUAAACUUGAACCACAAACUCGUCCAAUUGGAAGGCACGCUGGACAAUAUUAAAGCACACGGAUUGUCCAACUACAAGGUGAAUAGGGGAGACUUCAAACUUGGCGGAUUUGUCGUGAACGCGAGUCUCACGUGGAACGACAUCGACCUUCUGACCAAAUACAAAAUUACCCAUGGAAAACUCAUCGACGCUGUGUCCUUCUUCGGAGAAGGAAUUAUCUCGGCUGUGGUACAGGGACUGACGGUAGAGGUAAACACAAAAUUGAGCAUCAACGACGAUAUGACGUUGUACGUGAGGACCAUGGACGUGAGCAUUCAUCUGAAAAAAUUCGACUUGGUGAUCACCGGGCUGUUCGAUGACGCGGAGAUGUCAAAGUUGAUCAGCCAGAUCGCAUCCGAGUUACUCCCUGACCUGAUCGACGACUAUCAGCAACAAUUAUCGAAAGUCGGAAACAAGCUCGUCACGAAUCUACUCGACGGUAUUCUGUCCAAGCUCACGUUAGAAGACUUGCUGGACAUGAUCGGCAACAAGUGAACGAUUACGACAAUCCAUCUACCUGCACCAUUGUGACACCAAGGACGAUUAAAACUGAA